AUUACAACUUACUGGCGAGCUAACACAGCAAGGAACCGCAAUCCAAUUAUACAAAGUAAACUCAUAAUGUCCGCUCCAAACCCAAAGGCUUUCCCAUUAGCUGAUUCUGCAUUAACCCAACAAAUCUUGGAUGUUGUUCAACAAUCUCAAAACUUGAGACAAUUGAAGAAGGGUGCCAACGAAGCCACCAAGACUUUAAACAGAGGUAUUUCUGAGUUCAUUAUCAUGGCUGCUGACACUGAACCAAUUGAAAUUUUGUUGCACUUGCCAUUAUUGUGUGAAGAUAAGAACGUUCCAUACGUCUUCGUUCCAAGUAAGGCUGCUUUAGGUAGAGCUUGUGGUGUUUCUAGACCAGUCAUUGCUGCUUCUGUUACUUCUAACGAUGCUUCUGCUAUCAAGAACCAAAUCUACGCCAUCAAGGACAAGAUUGAAACAUUAUUGAUCUAAGCAGUUGGGGCCAUCCACUGUAUUACAUUUUGUAUAAAUAAUAAAUAAAAAACAUACUAUAUAU